AUGGGUUCCCGCUGUGCCAAGCUCGGCACAGGCCAUGGCCGGGGCCACGAAUCCUCCAUGAAGAAGCUUGUGGCCUGCGUGAGUCAGGACAACUUCUCCUUGUCGUCGGAGAGUGAGGAAGAGGAGGAGGGAGAGGGAGUGGAAGAGGAAGAGGAGCUCCCGGUGCAGGGCAAGCUGCUGCUGAUGGAGCCUGAGCAGCAGGAGGAAGGUGCCGAAGAUGACGCUGUGGUCCAGCAGGGCCCCGAGCCCGAGCAGACGCACUCUUGA